AUGUCAACCCGUCCUCGCAACCAACCAGAUCUUCCCCGUAUAAAGCUCGAGCUGAGCGAAGAUGCAUUAAAAGCAAUCAAUGCACGCCUCCUCAAGCUCGAUGUCGUCAAAAACACUCAAGCCAUCCAUUUUUCACCCAUGUUCUCAAUCUACGCCACCACUGUCCUGCUCGCAGCUAUCAUAACAGCGUGCCCGGACCUCCUUGAUCAGAGGUAUGCACGUGUGGAAGAAGCGAUGCAGGCGCUGUGCCAGAAUUUGAGAUUGCAAGAGGAUUUGCGGGAGGCGAUUGAGAAACAGGAUUUUACCGAUGUGUUGAAUAUCGGUGUGUCUUGUGUCGUUGUCGGAAAGCUGAGACUAAUCAAGAUCAUGUAG